AUGGCGGCUUCCACGAGCAGGAGCGGCGGCGGCGGCCACCGGAAUCCGGCUGUCUGGCCAGCCUACAUGGCACGCUACGAGCCGCUGGAGAGGCUGGGCGCGGGCAUGAACGGCGAGGUGUUCAAGGCGUGGGACAACAAGGAGAACUGGAUCGUCGCCGCGAAGCGGCUCAGCGGGACCGGGAUCGACGCUGGCGACGGCUUGAUCUUUUCCGGCCUUACAGAGGUCUGGCGGGAGUGCAGGUGUCUGAGGACGUGCGCUGACAUCCCCUCGGUGGUGAAGCUGCUGGAUAAAGUCGUCCCCAAGGUCAAUUCGGACGACUCCUUCCUCAUCAUGGAAUACGCCGGCCGCCUCAACCUACGCGCCUACAUGCAGCGCCGUGCCCAUCGCCAUCGUCGGUUCUCCGAGGCCGAGGUGUGCCGGAUCAUGAAGGAGCUCCUGGAGGGCGUCAACUCCGUGCACGACACGGGCAUCAUGCACCUGGACAUCAGACCCGAAAACGUGAUCCUCGACGACGGCACCGAGGACAGGACGGAGAGGAGGCCCAAGAACAAGAAGGGGGCGAACCAGGACGGGGAGCUCAAGGGAGAUGUCAUCGUCUACAAGAUCGGAGGCUUCGGGAUCUCCCGGAGGAAACAGCAGGGCCCGAAGCAGUCGGAGGUGACAAUUGCGACAGCGUACAGCGCGCCGGAGCUCCUCCUGCACUCGUGCGAGUACGACGAGCGCGCAGACAUGUGGGGGCUCGGAUGCAUAAUGGCCGACCUCCUCUUGGGCACCGGUAUGCCCACCUUUGGCCCCGAUGACUCGGAAGAAAAGACCAUGAGCAGAGUGUUUCACAUCGUCGACCCUAAGUGUAAGGGGAUCAAGGACUGGGCCGGCUACCAGGGGAUAGCGGCAGAGUGGAAGUCGAAGCUACCGGCCGGAAAAAACAAGUCGAAGCUGGCGAGGAUAGAGGCAGGGUUGAAGAUGAAGCUACUCGGGCAGCCUCUUCGGCGCCGGUUCCCCUUCUGGAGGCUGUCGUCAGCCGGCUUCGAGGUGCUCAGCGGGCUCCUGGAGAGCAACCCGACGAAGCGGCUUACUGCAGCGGAGGCCCUCGAGAAGCCUUGGUGCGUCUCAGACUGUCAGGUGGCUGAAUGUUGGAAGCAAAAUGGAAGUAUUUAUUUCAUUCUAAAGAUCAAGCCCUGUAGACGUGGAGACGAGGAUGUGUUAGUAGAGAAAUCAAGUAUCUUUUCAGUAAUUUCAGUAAGAAGUGCAUACAAAGUGGUCCUCCAGUCUCAGCCGGUGCAGUGGGAUUUCCCUGUAUCCCUGUAUCUAGUGAUCUGCCAGGUGGAGAGAACCUGUGCUGGGCAAAAUCUGGCGUGCUUCUGUGCCUCCGAAGCUGAUCCAGCUCUGCAAGUGAAUAUAGAUGCAUGGUUCUACACGAGUUAUACUGUGGAGAAGAAGCCUAUACCUCGUGGCAGCAGAAAAUCCUACAGCCACGGCCAGGCGCACGCGGCACGAGCGGCGCCGGCCGAGCCAAGGGAUGCGACGCCGACGCGGUUAAUCCACGGGCUCGCUCACGCACGCACGCCGGCCGCCCGAUCGAACUCCAUCCAAUCCCACCGGGCCGUCGCCGUCGCCGUCGUCGUCCUCGUCGUCGCCUCCAGAAACACGAGCCGGGCAUAG